CGGCGGACAAGUCCCGUGCCCCGGGGGCGGGCACAGCGGGCGGGUGGUACUUCGCUCGGACCCGCGCUGAGCCCAGCUUUGAGCGCCAGCGCCCCCGUUCCUGCCCGUGGCGGCCGUUCUGGAGCCUGAGCCUGGGGAGCGCGCGCCGCCCGGCGCCCGGCUCCCUCCCGCGUGUCCUCGCUGCCAGCUGCCGCCUCUGCUUCCCCGACACUCCGGCCCGGCGGCGACUCCGGGGUCGCCAGCCGCGCGCCCGCGCAGCGACCCCGACGUGUCCGGCUCCCCGGCCCGAGCACGCCUCUUCUAAUCAGCCGCCGGUGCCCAGGGCGCCCCGCGGCCACCGGGGGCGGGGAGCGCCAGUGCCGGGCGGGCCCGGGCCGGGGGUGGCCCUGCCGCGGGGCUUGCGUUCCUGGGGUCUGCGGCGGCGCGCGAGCGUAACUCCCGCCCGGGCAGGGAGCGAACCCGGAGAAGAGAAGGAAGAGCGGGGACCGCUCCGGUGCCUGCGGGCCUCUGGGCGCAGGGGCUCUUGUCUACGUCCCCGGAUAAAAAACCGCACCUGGUCCGCCCGCCGGGAUGCCGCAGGCUUAGGAUGGAGCUUGGAUACUGUACCCCAAGGAUGCUGGCAAAGACACUCUGACUCAUUAAGGGAGAACUGAGUGUGAGCAGAGAGGGGAGACAGCCUCCCACACAUCAUCCCAGAGGAAUUCUAAGCAGUGUUGUUCAGAGCACUAUUUGGCCAGAUGGAGAUCACCACGGGGGUCAUGGAUGAGAAUACCACCAACACCUCCACCAACUUCCUUUCUGUGUUUCCCCCCCACGGAGCCCAAGCUGCUUCCUUCCCAUUCAACUUCAGCUAUGGUGACUAUGAUAUGCCUUUGGAUGAAGAUGAGGAUGUGACCAAUUCCAGAACUUUCUUUGCUGCCAAGAUCGUCAUUGGCAUGGCCCUAGUGGGCAUCAUGCUGGUCUGUGGCAUUGGCAACUUCAUCUUCAUUGCCGCCCUGGCCCGCUAUAAGAAGCUGCGCAACCUUACCAACCUGCUCAUUGCCAACCUGGCCAUUUCUGAUUUCCUGGUGGCCAUUGUCUGCUGCCCCUUUGAGAUGGAUUACUAUGUGGUGCGCCAGCUGUCCUGGGAACAUGGCCAUGUCAUGUGUGCCUCUGUCAACUACCUGCGCACCGUUUCUCUCUAUGUCUCCACCAAUGCCCUGCUGGCCAUCGCCAUUGACAGAUAUCUGGCCAUCGUCCACCCGCUGAGACCCAGGAUGAAGUAUCAAACAGCCACUGGCUUGAUUGCCCUGGUGUGGAUGGUGUCCAUCCUCAUCGCCAUCCCUUCAGCCUACUUCACAACCGAAACGGUCCUCAUCAUUGUCAAGAGCCAAGAGAAGAUCUUCUGUGGCCAGAUCUGGCCGGUGGACCAGCAGAUCUACUACAAGUCCUACUUCCUCUUCAUCUUUGGCAUCGAGUUCGUGGGCCCCGUGGUCACGAUGACCCUGUGCUACGCCAGGAUCUCCCGGGAGCUCUGGUUCAAGGAGGUCCCAGGCUUCCAGACGGAGCAGAUCCGGAAGCGGCUGCGCUGCCGCAGGAAGACGGUGCUGGUGCUCAUGUGCAUCCUCACUGCCUACGUGCUGUGCUGGGCUCCCUUCUAUGGCUUCACCAUCGUGCGCGACUUUUUCCCCACCGUGUUCGUCAAGGAGAAGCACUACCUCACGGCCUUCUACGUCGUGGAGUGCAUCGCCAUGAGCAACAGCAUGAUCAACACCCUGUGCUUCGUGACCGUCAAGAACAACACCAUCAAGUACUUCAAGAAGAUCAUGCUGCUCCAUUGGAAGUCUUCUUACAAUGGGAGUAAGUCCAGCGCGGAUCUUGAUCUUAAAACCACAGGGGUGCCGGCAACUGAAGAGGUGGACUGCAUCAGACUAAAAUAACUGGAUGGACCUUUCAAAGUUUAAACAAAGACAGACCUUUGGGACACUGACCAGUGCUAGAAACAGACUAUCAACCAAGAACUCUUGGUUUUUGGCAGAAGGCAGAGGUAACGGACAGCUUAGUGAACACUGUGUUCAAGGAGCUCAGAAUUUAUAAAACUGAUGUGACUAGAUACCAUCCCCAGUGGCCAACAGUAACUGAAUGUCUAAUGUAUGCAAAGAGUAGGCACUGGUGAAAUGCAUAUAUGUUGACAACAUUUAAUCGGCAAAAAGAAAUAAGGAUUCAGCCAAGACAAAUGUUGGGGCAUAGCCUGAAAUGAGAGGCUUUCCAGAAGGG